AUGACACCGCCUACAACCUCCUCCUCCCCACCUGGCCCUGCGACGACCACCGCAUCGGCACAGGAGAGCGUCAGCGUCAUUGUGCGCUUGAAGGGCGCCUCAAAGUUCUCUUCUUCAACGGCGCUGCUCUCUUACGCGGUGGAGGAUGGCACACUUUCGACGCCACACGUGUCCUGUCGCCCCUCCUCACAGGACUACGGAUCCGCCCCGCCGCAUCUGCAGACCCCAUGUACAGCUCUCGGCUGCGGCAGCGCGGCAGAGCCAUCCGUCGCUCCGUCAGCAUCCUCUCCUGGCGCUGACGGAGGCACCGAUGUUGCUGCUGCUACAUGCACGGAGGCCUCCGAAUCCUCUGUGCUGCCAGUGUCGCAGUCCCGAGCGCUCGCGUCUUUGUCGACGCAGACGUCGAAGCAACAGCCCUUGACCCCUGCCUCCCCAACACUGAACUUGUCACCACGGCCAAGCCUCUUCGUAGCCGAGGCCCCGGCUACGCACCACCACCAAGAGGACCGCAACCCCGGUGCCAGCGCCGUGCUGGGUGGCGCGGCCGCGGCUGGCAGGAGCAUCGGCUCACACGGCCGCGUGCUCACCAUCACCUUUCCCAACACGAAGGAGCGCCGAAAGUAUGAGUUUGGCGAGGUGCUGGAGCCCGAGGUGACGAACGUGGCCCUGUGCGAGCGCCUCAUCCCCUCCAUUAUGGAGCAGAUGGCGGCUGGCUUCAAUGUGUGCGUGCUCUGCUACGGUCAAACCGGGAGCGGCAAGACGUACACGAUGAACGCGCUGGCGCCAGCCGUUGCCGAGGAGGUCUUUCGCUCCCUCGACGUGAAUAACGAGGUGGUGGAGAUGAGCUGCAUACAGAUAUACAACAACAAAGCCUACAACCUGCUUGACGGCACCCGCUCUGGCAAGUUUGGCGCGGAGCUGUCACGUCCGCUGACGAGCAGUACCGGCAACAGCAGUGGUAGCAGCUGCUUUGCCAGUGCCUCGGAACCCAAGGUUCUGAUCCGGGGCAGUGCUGAGAUGCUCGCCAAGGUGAAGGCGGCGUCGCGACUGCGCGUGACGCACGCGCACACCCUCAACGCCCGCAGCUCGCGCUCCUUCACCCUCCUCUCUCUCCACGUCACGCGCUUCCUCGACGGCGCACCGCUCACGACGACGCGAGUCACACUCGCCGACCUCGCUGGGACGGAGAGACUGAAGAAGAGCGGCGCCACCGGGGAGGCGGCCGACCAGGCCAUCUUCAUCAACAAGUCCUUGAUGGCGCUGCGCCAGCUGGUGGAGUCCCGCGGCACGGAGGCAGAGGUGCUGCACUUCCGCAAAUCGCUGCUUACCACGUACCUCGCCCCGCGCAUGCGCAGCUGGCACCUUAUUCUUCUCGUUACUGUUUCCCUCGAGGCGGGCAGCUUCGAGGAAACCAAGUCGUCGCUGGAGUUUGCGACCAACGCGCGACGCCGCAAGGUCAUGAAGGUGAAGAGCCGGGUCGAGCAGAGACUGUCGAGCACCGUCGCCCGCCUCUAUGGACGGCCCAGCUUCCUCUCUGCCGCCGGUGGCGUGGGCAGCGGCAGCGGCUGGAACGCGCGCGAAGACAACGCUGACAGCAACGAGCUUCAAGAGAUCAUUGAAGUCCUUCAGCACCGCAUCCGCGUGCUGGAGGAGGCGCUGAAGAUAGAGCAGGAGCGAGGCGCCAUGACGGCUGUGCAGUCACCACUGGCAGAGGUCCUUGCCAACCCCAGCUGUGCGGCGCCGGCGGCAGCGGUUGACGCGGGUGUCGCGCCGCUUGCUGACGCAGAGACGCUGCGGCGUGAGUCCCAGUACUACCGUCGUCUGCUGCAGGAGCGGGAGCAGGAUCUACGCCGUUUGCAGAGUCAGUUCCCCGAAAGGAGUGCUGCGGCUGACUGCGCGCCACCAGAUCUGCCCGACUCACUGGAAGCAUCGUCGCUAUCGUUGGAUGAAGGUGACGCGGGGGCGAGAGACGAUCAGCAGGAGUCUGCCACGCCACCAGCCUCGGCGCGGAGCAGCGAGAGCUCUGGUACCCAGGUGCGCUCCGGAGAAGGUGGCGCUGCCGACGCGCACGUGCAGCUGCGGCGGUACGUGCGCCAACUGCGCUCACUUCGCUCACGCGGUAGCAGCGAAGAUGAGUGGUGUAGCGACGUGCUAGACCGCUUGCGCAACGCGGUACUGCGUGCCACCGAACAAUACGAGGACGUAAACGAGCAGCUUCUUGUCGUCUCUAGUUCACUGAGCGGACUGCGUACGCAAAAUCAUCGACUCUACGACGAGGUGCUGCGCGCCAACAAGCGCCUUUUAGCAACCGAUAUGGAGUGCAGGGAGCGGCGCGCCGCCCUGCAGAUGGUGACACUUCGAGCAACCGCUGCGGAGACGGCGCUUGAGCAGUUGCGCCUGCAGCUGUUUCAGGCGUACGCCGAGCAGUCGAUACGGGAGGAGAUGACGCGCCUCUACCUGGACGCGACGCCGAUCGCCGCCAACGUCGAUGAGGCCUUGUCUGGCGACCGACAGACGGAGCAGCAGGUGGAGCUAGAGAAGGUGCAGGCGCACCAGCAAGUACUGUGUGAUAAGAUCACCGAGCUAGUGGACAACGUCGAGCAGCUGACGCGCGCCGUCGCGCAGAAGGAUGUGUCUCUGGCGGCGCUGGAGUCGCUCAUCACACCGGCGCAGCGAGCGCUCUUUCACACCUUGUCAAACACUUCCACUGCCAUCGCUGACCGCGACACCACCAGCGUUGGGGGUAGUGACGGCGGGUUUGCUGACACGACCGCGGCGGCCAUGGCCGCAGACGACGGAAGCAGCGCCGCUGACUGUUUCAGUCUUCUGCAGUCACGGGUUUUGGAGCUCAGUUCCCUGCUUACGCAGGAGCAGCAGCAACACCAGCUCACCCAGUGCGAGCUCCUGGAGGCCCGCGAAGAUGCGCGGCGCAGCCGACAGGAGCAGCGGCAGGCGUUCUUCCAACAGAAAGAGGAGGCGCGGCGCGUGGGCCAGCUGAUGGCAGAGAACUACGAGUUGCGUCAACAAAACGAGCGUCAUCAGCUCUAUCUGGACCAUAUGUACGUCAGCUUUCACGAAAAGUUCCUGCAACUGCGACAUCAACACGAGGAGGAGAUGGCAGAGCUGCGGAGCGCCGCGAAAGCAGUGCCAUCGCAUCAGCGCGGCAACGACGAUACGGCAAGGCAGGGGUACGAGGAUGAGGACCACGAGGAUGGGGCGUCGUCGGUCACCGCACGUGCUGUUGUGCGCGACGACACGCCGGAGGGUGUGCCAUUGAGUGAGGAUCAGCUGCCUGAAGGCAUUGUGCACGGCCCCACUGCUAUCGCAGUCUCGACGGCAGACGUGGCGGACAGUGGAGACGCGGGGUGGAGGGCAUCGGCGCAGAUACAGGGGCCCAGCCGAGUGCGGCGUCGGGUUUCAAAGUCGAAUGUGCGACACCGCGGAGAAGAUCAGGGCAGGGCCCCGACUACGGCGGACCACACGGUUGUGGCAGAUACUGCUGUCGUUUCGCCACAGCGCGUCGGACUGUCAUCAAAGGUGGCGCGUCGUUCAGCGCGCAUCAGCAAGGCAAGACUGCAUCUCUUCGCUACGUACGGUGAGCCAGUCAACCCCAGUGAUGCCCCGGUGCCUGUCUUCAAGUCAGACGUCUUCGCCUCUACCCCGCCGGCAACGCGACGCCGUGUUCGCGCGUCAGGAGCGGCACGCGCAAAGCGUCGCAAGUAG